AGACGUGGCAAUCGGUGACGUCACCCAGACGCGGCCAUUUUCGACGCGGAUCCGCCGAGUUCGGACUUGGAGCUGCUGGAUGUAAAUUCGUCUUCUGUCAGCUUGGUUGAGGAAACAGAAGUGCCAGACAGGAUUAAAGAUGAUGGAAGAGAGUGGAAUAGAGACUACCCCACCAACCACUCCUCCACCUCCCCUCAGUGCGGCUGCCGCCGUCAGUCCUCCUCCUCUCACAGUGGGUCUGUCCAAUCCACUGACCCUUCCUAGCACCACAGGCAUUUCCAACUUUGCCCCAGAAGGCUUCUCCACCCCAGUACGCCCCACAGCAGUGACUUCCACCCUGCCUCCCAUCCAGUCCUCUGCCCCUCCUCCAUUUUCCCUCAGCCCCAUGAACCCUCUGUCCACAGCCUCCCCAGCCCCUGUUCCUCUGCUUGGUGGGGGUGUACCUUACAGCAGCCCUAUGGUCCCCUUCUCUUCCCCCACUGUUCCACCUCCUCUUGGCUCUACUGCCCCUCCUCCAGGCCCAGUUCUCUCUGCCCCACCCACGGGCCCACCCACUGCCGGCUUCACGACAAGUGCAGGCUAUGACAUCACGCGAGGACACGCUGGCCGCACGCCACAGACACCGCUGAUGCCCAGCUUCUCUAGUGCCCCCCCCAUGCCAGGUGUGGUUACCAAUCCAAUGAUGCAACAGCCAGUGAUGUCAGGUGGUUUGGAGGUGAGUUCCCCCAUUACCUUCCCAGAGGACCAUGAGGAUCCGAGAGUCGUCCAUGAUGGCAGUUCUGGAGGAGGAUUAUGGGGCUUCAUCAAGGGUGUUGCUGGUAACCCCAUGGUGAAGACGGUCCUCGACAAGACCAAGCACUCCGUGGAGUCCAUGAUCACUACACUAGACCCUGGAAUGGCUCCAUACAUUAAAUCAGGCGGUGAUGUGGACAUUGUGGUGACAUCUGAUAAGGAAGUUAAAGUGGGAGCAGUACGUGAUGCCUUCCAGGAGGUGUUUGGCAUGGCCAUGGUGACUGGAGAGGCAAGCCAAUCCAACAUUGCUCCUCAGCCAGUGGGCUAUGCAGCAGGAGUGAAGGGAGCCCAGGAGCGCAUUGACAGUCUAAGGCGUGCCACUGUAAUCCACGAGAAACAGCCUGUAGUGUCGGUGGAGAAUUUCAUAGCUGAGCUCUUUCCAGACAAGUGGUUUGACAUUGGGUGUUUAAUUCUGGAUGACCCUGGCAAUGGUAUUCACAUCGAGACUUUCACACAGGCUACUCCUGUGGCCCUGGAGCACGUACAACAGGCGCAGUCUCUCACUCCUCCAGAUUACAGUUUGCGCUGGUCCGGCCUGCUUGUGACCGUGGGAGAGGUGUUGGAGAGGAAUAUACCCAACAUUAACCGUACAGACUGGCACCAGGCCUUCACUGGCAUGUCCCGCAGACAGAUGAUCUAUGGUGCUGCCAAGGCUCUGGCUGGCACAUACAAACUGCGGCUCCCCCCCAGGACGGUAUGAGUUCACAUAAAUGCCCAUCUCCCCUCAGAGACACAUAAACGCCCCAUCGCCCCUCAGUGUGGCACAUCCAUCACCCAACCUUCAAUCAGUUCUUGACAUAAGAGGAUAUGUCACGUGUCCGUUUCUAGUACGUUUUAGAAUGUGAAACAUUCUAGUGGUUGAGUUCACUGACUGAGGGACAAAUGUCAGAAGAGAACUUCUAGUUUGUUGCCUAGUGUCAUUACAGACAGAAAAUUGGUUAAUGCUGCUCAAGAAGUCUGUGCAGUUUUGGGCCUUCUUUCACGUGUAAAAGCAAGUUAUAAUUUACCAAUACAUAUGUGCUGUGAUUUUUGAGACAUUGAAAGGUAUCCUAGGUGAUUCCUGAUUACCACAAGAGGGCUAUAUUGAGUAAGUAUAUAGACUUUCUGGGAAAAGAGCACAGUGUAUUACCACCUUUGGACCAAGACAUGCCCAUUGCACAGUGUAGCAUAUUAUCCUAAAAUAACAUCCAAGUACCAGAAAGAGGAUGCUGAUCAUGUCCUGUUAUACAAGAUUAUUUUUAGCUUAUUACAGAUUCAGUACUGAAGAAAGACUGAUGUAAUUUACAGGAAAUAAAAGGAAUGUGUUGCAGGAUUUAUUUAAUAUUUCAUAGCUGUUGUUAAAAAAUGAUUUCAAGUCCUCAAUUACUGAUUUUGAUCCUACAUUGAUGUGUGUCAAGCAGACUAUUUAUAGCCUAUUCUGUUGCGUAGGCCUUUGUUAAUACAGACUAUUAAUCACACCAAGUGUCAGGAAUAUCCAGCAGUGAAAUAAUGAGUCCAAGACACUUUGGAUUUGAGUGGUUUUAUGUCUGUUAGACAAGUUCUUAAAGGAAGCUUUCACAGCAGAACAAGAUUUGUUUUUGGACAUUGAGCAAAGCACUAGAUGAAAUGGAUAUAAGAAGAUUUCACUCUCCUAGGCCUUGACAUGUAGAAGCAUUUUUAAGUAUUAAUCAUGAUAUUAAUGAUUUUACUUUUAUGUAUGCGUGAAAGUUGAGCUGAAUCUGCUUUAGUCUACACAUUUUUGAACUGGUUCGUAGCAUAAGUAGAUCUUCAAUGCAGAGGCAAAAUCCCUCAGGGAGAGAAGAGGGCUGGCUACCCCUAUGAAAUAUUGAGUCCUUGUCACACAGUCUGUCCCCUUGUACAUGGUCGCUUGAUUUUUAUUGUUUUUACCAGUGUUUUUCAACAAGUUGUGCUGUGUAAAUAGAGUAAAUAUGUGGUAUUCUGUUACCAAAGGACAUGUAUACAACCUCAGUGCAAGUGCUUUUGGUGGAUGAGAACUUUUUUUUUUCUUUUUCUUUUUUUCCCUAGGGAAUUUUUGUGUUGCUACUUGCCAAAUUUCUUGUUACGGUUGUUGUUCAUAACAUUAUCAACACUUGACUAGGAUGUAUUCUAGCUUGAAGAGUGCAUAAUCUAACAUUUGCACAAAUUGUAAGCCUUAAAGUUUAAUAUCUUUUAUUAGUACCGUUUUACACUUAAAGGUAUCGUUGGACAUUUAAUAACUUGGAAAUGGAAUUUAUUGAACUGAUCAUUUGGAUCAGUGUUAUGAUGUCACCUUAUAUUAAAAUGUCACUGUCAGAAAAAAACCUGAAUGAUAACUUUAUGCAAGAAGGAAAAAUAUUCUCAACUUUUAAUGAAAGUUAUUGUGACAAGAUUAUUUCAGGUAAUCUUGGACCUUUGCUGCUGUUCUGUUUCUGGCAGCCGUAGUUUUCAAAUUACUUUAAGACAAAAAUGAUACAAGGUUUUGUCCUGACAGUGAUGGUAUGUAAUGAUCUAACAUAAUUGGGAAUCUUGCUUUAACGUACUCUAAAUAUUUUGUGCAGCUGCAUCAAAUGUCAUCUCAGUGUGUUUUAUUUAUAGUCCCACGUUAAUGAAAGAGUUAAACUUAAUUAACUUUAAACUUGUCGAUUCUGCAGGUAUUGCCGCUACCCAGAAAAACGGUCAACACAUUCACUGUAAACGUUAUCUUUUAAUAAUGUUCCAGUAUUACCUUGUGUAUAAAAUUCAACUCAGUAAUCAAACUGUUGAAGCUCAUCUGCUUCUACUGAAGUGUUUUUCCUCUCUUUCUGUCAAGUGAUGCAACUUAUGUAAGCCCAAAGUCUAAAACCUAUCUCAGAGUGAUACAGAACCAUAGGAAAACCAGAAAACUGUGCAUGACCUCUGGGACUAUUGAAAUACAACAGCAACGAGUUUGUUGAGAUGUGAGAUGUGUAGUGCUGUAAUGUUUUGUGUCAAGGCCAAAAUCACUGUCAGGCAUGGAUAGCAAGAUGUGUGAUGUAAAUGAAGAGAUUUGAGAAGAUGUAGCAUUGUCUCAGAGCAUCAUAGAUGGAAAAACAGCAAACAGACUCUGCCUUUAACAUAAUGUGUUUGUACUUCUAAACCAGAAUAUGGAUGUUUAUUCUUAGACGUCCAUGGAAUUGUACUUCCCAAAGGUGCCUUCUGCCAGCAGAAGAGUAAAGACCUUUUCGGUAAACGUU